GCGGGUUCUCCUGCUUAUUGUUGAUGCGGUUGGGAGAGGGGUCACAAGGAGAGACAGGGUGUUGGGGCCCUGGGCAUCAGACACUGACCUCCCCCAAAGGCCACAGGAGCAUCGUCAAUGACUCACUCAGGUGGGGGACGUUUGAGGGCUGGUGAGGAGGGGGUGCCGGGAAUAGCAGGCUGUGUGCAGGAGAGGUAUGCCACCUCUCCUUUCUCUCCUUCCUCUCUGCCAAGACGGCCGGGCUCUCCCCGACCCCUCCCCCAGCACCUCUCAUCCCCUGCCUUUUCUACCUCUAGGUCUAGAACCUGGUCUGGGUCCAGACACUCCAGACAUGGGAGGUGCAGAAUGGGAUUCUUGUGCACAUCCAUGUGGUUUUUGCAAUGAUCAACCUGUUUCAGUCGGCCCAGCACUUCUUCAGUUUUAGCACCGGGAAUCCCUUGUCCCAGCCCCAUCAGUGUCCCCAGCAAACUGAGGUGGCCACCCAAGUGGCUCCCCAGGCCAUCACCCCAGCCUGUCCGUUAGUUCACACAACCGCCUGUGCCCUGGCACAGGUCAUGAGAACGAGGGUAGUCCAGUCCCCAGGGUCCUAUUGAGGCCACCAACACUGAGCCUGGAGUGGAGCUCAGAACAAGGGCAGCAGGAAGUGGGUUUAAACCACCUAGCCCUGGGUGGAGAAAGAAGGGACAUGGGGGCAGCUGCGGUGGGGAGCAGCCUGAGAGAAGGGCUAGACAAUUCUGAAGGGCCCUCUGGUUGGCCCAAGAGCCCUGAGCCAGAAGCUUCUAUCCCGAAGCCCCGACUGCUGGGGCUUCUUCCUGUCCUUGUGUGUGAUGGGGCUGUGGGGCAAGGUUUCCUAACUUCCUGUUACAUAUUCCCCAUUUCAGACACCCUGUGCGGUCAGAAAGCCCUUCCUCUGCUCUGUGUUCAGUUCUUGUUGUGGUUUCAGCCCAAUUUCUUUUCAUCAUAUCCUCGGCUUGACGCCUGCUGGGUAAACGCCACUCUGGCUUUUAAAAUUUAUUUAUUAUUAUUAAGUCAAGCAAGUUAGGGCCCUGGCGAGGGCCACGGACCCGAGCGGCGCUGGUGUUAAAAGGGAGGCCACAAGGCUCCUGGCAGGCUGAAAGGAGUUUUCAUUUUCAGCUCCUGCCUCCUGCGGGAGGUGUCAGGAAAGGAGACGUCCCUCCAUCCGGGGAAGGGGCUCUUCUGCAUGCUGGCCUGCUCUGUUGCAGGUGGCCCGAGGGCCCCCGGACCCUCCCUCCUCUCCUCCUGUUCAGGCCAGCCUAUCCCAGCAUUUACUUUUUUCUGUGAAAAACAUUUUAAAAAGUGCUGUUGGCAUGAAGCGCACAGACGUUUGCAUUGAUACACUGGGAAGUGUGGGUGGAUACCAGCAUUCUGGCCCCUUUCCCUCUCUGGCUUCUUCCCUAUGUCUACAGACCCCACUUAUGACCUUGAAUUCUCCAGUCCACACCUGCAUGUUGAGGCCGCACCCCAGCCUAGUCGCUCCCCAUGCCCUUCUUUCCUCGCCCACUGCCCCUUCCUGGGUCCCUCUCUUUUGGCCCCACCCCUGUGGAGUCCUCUUCCCCUGCUCCGUGGCCCUGGAGUGCAGUGCCAUCCCCCCUCCUAGGGAAGGGAGGGGGUGGACCCACCCUCAGGAAGAUGGGUCUUCCCCCUCUGCUGCUCCCGCCUCCCCUGUCCUGUGGUACUUCCUCUCUGAAUUAGCUACAGUACCCAGAACCAGGGCCAGGAGCCCCUGGCACUGGGCAGAUCCAAAGAUAGGCUAUAGCACUCUGCCCUGACCGUGGGAUCAGCACCAGCUUCCGGCCAGUGCCUGGCGAAGCUUGUCCCCGCCAUGGCCAUGAACACUACCUCCCCCCUGGCCUCCUCCUCGGGGGCUUCCUCCUACAUCUCUCUGCUGUCAAUCAUCCUGCUGUCCACAGCGCUGGUUGUGGGGCUGCCUGGCAACAGCUUUGUGGUGUGGAGCAUCCUGAAAAGGAUGCAGAAGCGCUCCGUCACUGCCCUGCUGGUGUUGAACCUGGCCCUGGCCGACCUGGCCGUCCUGCUCACGGCUCCCUUCUUCCUGCACUACGUGGCCCGGGGCACCUGGUGCUUUGGACAGGCCGGCUGUGGCCUGUUCUACUACAUCUGCGGAGUCAGCAUGUACGCCAGUGUCCUGCUCAUCACGGCCAUGAGUCUGGACCGCUCUCUGGCCGUGGCCCGCCCCUUUCUGUCCCAGAAGCUGCGCACCAAGGCGAUCGUCCUGCGGGUGCUGGUGGGCAUCUGGGUGGUGUCCUUCCUGCUGGCCACGCCGGUCUUCGUGUACCGCAAGGUGAGCCUGGGACCAGACAACAGGAGCCUUGUCUGCUUCCCGCUGUACCCCAGCAAAAGCCACAGGGCCUUCCACCUGCUCUUCGAGGCCCUCACGGGCUUCCUGCUGCCCUUCCUGGCCGUGGUGGCCAGCUACUCGGACAUCGGGCGCCGUCUGCAGGCCCGGCGCUUCCGCCGCAGCCGCCGCACCGGCCGCCUGGUGGUGCUCAUCAUCCUGGCCUUCGCUGCCUUCUGGCUGCCCUACCACGUGGUGAACAUGGCCGAGGCGGCCCGGGCGCUGGCAGGUCAGCCGGCCUGGGCAGGACCCACGGGCCAGCGGCUGUUCCUUGCACGCAACGUGCUCAUCACGCUGGCCUUCCUGAGCAGCAGCGUGAAUCCCGUGCUGUACGCGUGCGCCGGCGGCAGCCUGCUGCGCAGGGCUGGCGUGGGCUUUGUCGCCAAGUUGCUGGAGGCCACAGCCUCCGAGGUGUCCAGCUCCCGCCGCGGGGGCACCCUGGGCCACACCGUGAGGGACACCCCCGCCUCCCCGGAGCCUGGCCCCGCCGAGAGCCUCACUGUCUCCACUAAUCCUCUGGAGUGAACUGAGCAGGGGAACUGGCGGAUUGCCCACCACCCCCGCCAGCCUGGCCAAUGUUGUGCCUGCACAGGGGGCUGGGGUGAGGGCACCUCUGGCCUGGCAGCAUCCCCCUGAAAACCGAACUCAACCCUAGGGGUGGGGCGUCUGUGUGUGCGUUAGAGGGCACUGGGCUGUUCCUGGUGCCUGAACUAAACGCUCUCAAGAGUCCCAACCUCCCCAUGAUUCAGUUUUGGAAAGGACCCACAGACAGAACAAUCCAGUUACACACACACACACACACACACACACCCAUGAAUCUGAGGGCAGAAGUCUGUGGGUCACACUUGGAAAAAGUCUAGCGAGCCUAAAGCAGGCUGUCCAGGACCACUCAAGCGGACUCACGUCCAAGACCCCCGUGACCCGAGGCCUUGUGAGAAAAGAGCGCCGCAUACAGUGUCCCUCAGCCUGCAGCCGCACGGGUCUCUGUCCAGCUUCCUGCCUGAUUCUCUGCGUUCUAGGGAAGCGGUCAUGAGAUCUCAGCGCCUAGAACUCGGCACAAGAGCAUCUGCCCAGCCCCAGGACAAACCCUGGCACCUGCUGUGGCCAUUGUCACCGCUAGGAGACAAAGAUUUCUGAAAGCGACAGGGACGAGCCCUUGCUUCCCGUUCUUGUCUAGGAGAGCUUCGGCCCAGGCCAUGCUGGCAUUUUAGGAAGAGGCGGUAGUGGUGGCAGCAGUGUACUUUAGGGAGCUUUCCCGUUAGAGGGGAACAAAAAAAAAAAGAAGAAGAAGAAGAAGAAGAAGAAGAAGAAGAAGCAACUAGGAGACCAAAAUCAAAAAUCCACAUACAACAUCUGCAACACAACUUGGGUAUUAAGCUGCCUCCCAUGGACCUCCAAAAUAGGAGCAGGUGAAAAGGAAACAUCCCCGUGCUUCAAGACAUAUAAAAGUGGCAGCAUCUAGGCAGAAGGCGGCAAAGCAAGGAAGGAGGCCAUCCGGUGACCUGAGGACAGAACACCCACAUUGCCCACAGCUCCUUACUGCAAAGUGUGACUGGCCAAUCUGAGGACAGCAGGUGCAACUUGGGGGGACGGGACACCCAAGCUAAUCCUCCACCCCUUGUCUCUUCUGCAUCGCAAGCAUAUGAUAGGUGCUUCUUUGGCAUUUGCUGCAUGAAUAAAGGCGAAAUGAUAUUUCCUUGGA